CUCCCGGUCCCCAAAAUGUGAAGCGGGGAGGAGGAGACGCAGAGACCGCCGGGCCGGGCGCCCUUGCCGCCCUCCGGCUGCCGCGCUGCUCCUUCUCUGCGCGCAGAGGCCGCGCCACCCCACGGGCGGUGGCCGGAGCAGUGAGGCCACCGUGCCCCGCGCCCCCUCCACGCUCGGAAAGGGCUUCGGCCCUCAGCGAGUUGGUGGCCCCGACGCGGGAAGAGCCGCGCCUAGGACUGUGCGUCUGGCCUCUCCCGCGGCUUCUCGCCCUGACAAGUUUGAACAAUGAUCACAGUCAACCCAGAUGGGAAGAUAAUGGUCAGAAGAUGCCUGGUCACUCUGAGACCCUUCCGGCUUUUUGUCCUGGGCAUCGGCUUCUUCACUGUCUGCUUCCUGAUGACGUCUCUGGGAGGCCAGUUCUCAGCGCGACGCCUGGGGGACUCGCCCUUCACCAUCCGCACCGAAGUGCUGGGUGGCCCUGAGUCCCGUGGCGUCCUCCGCAAGAUGAGCGACCUGCUGGAGCUGAUGGUGAAGCGCAUGGACACGCUGGCCAGGCUGGAGAACAGCAGCGGGCUGCACCCGGAGGCCGGCGACCCCCACGCGGCUGCCCACAGGCCCGGCCUGUCCCCCGUCCCCUGCGCUGCCCUUCGUCUCCUCCAGGGAGGGAGGGUGCCUCCAGGCUGGGGGAGCGCGUGCCACCUCCUACUCAGUCCUGGGGAAGAGCCGCCAUCCAUCAUGCCCAGGGGGGCCCAUCAACCCGCAGGCAGAGCCGUGAAUCCAGGGACACUGCGGCUUCAGGACUGGGGAUGCGUGUGUCAGGGCCUGCGGGAGGCCGCUCCGCUGUCCCUCUGUCCCUCUCCCGGUGCACAGACACGCCCUCCCCCAGCCCUCCCCAGGUCAACCCCAGGUGGGAUUCUGUGGAAGCACCCCCCUGAUUCCGCCAGCUCUCACCCGCACCCAGACCCUCUGCCUGGGAAUUACCGUGGCUCAUGAAGAACUUCGCUGUCCUCCUCUGCCCUCCGGGAGCCUCUGGGCUGCCCCUGCCCCGUGGCUGGCCUGUCCUGGGGAGGGAAGACGUGAUCAGGUUACGGUUUGCUGCAACAGCAUCAUAUUGUGUUUCUAAAGCCCCAAGUAAUGGUCUCUGAAUUUUUCCAAAGGGCUUCCGCGCAGCGCAAAGCCCGCUGAGCUCGGAGGCUGGCUGCGCCCAAGGUCAUCUGUAAUUGUUGAAUGUCCACCAUGUGCAGCGUCCAGGCAGGGACUCGGGAGGGUGAGGGGACCCAGGGAGCUCAGACCCCCAGCCUUGCACUCAUCCCUGACCCCCUCCUGAACACCUGCAUCCAGUCCGUCAGACUAGCCCAGAGUGCCCCCUCCCUCCCCUCCCAGCUGCUCCCACCUCAGCAGCCAGCGAGAUCGUUUUAGAAGGUCACGUCCACCAGAAGGACCCCAGCUCUUACCUGAGUG